AUGAAGGAGUCAGGGUUUAUCAGAAGAAGCUAUGAUUCAUGUGUCUACAUGAGGAAUCUAAACAAGGAAAAUGCAGUUUACCUGUUGUUGUAUGUGGAUGAUAUGCUGAUUGCUUCUGGGUGUAAGGCUGAGGUCAGAUUGGUUAAGGACACUCUGAGUCAGAAGUUUGAAAUGAAGGACUUGGGUCCAGCGUCGAGAAUCCUGGGAAUGGACAUCAUCAGAGACAGAAAGAAAGGGAUUCUCAGUUUAUCUCAGGAAACUUAUAUUGAAAAGGUGCUAAAGGCAUUUGGAAUGUCUGAUGCUAAGUCUACGAUUACUCCUCUAGCUACUCAUUUCAAGCUAAAGAGUCUAGGCAAAGCAUAA